GUGUGCCAUCCUGCCGGGACUUCGCGCCCGCCUGGGGGGUUGGGACCACUGCGCUGGGUGUUGCCGGGGCGUUGGAGUCGUCCUGAGCUCCCCGCCCUCGGGCAUUCUCUGGGACGCGCGCUGGUAGUUGAGAGCCGGCUUCGGCGUAGACCUUCACUGCCUGCGGGAAUCGGCCUCGCCGCCGCUCUCGAGCCUGUGACCUUGGGCGAGCUCCUCCUCACCCCGAGCGUCAGCCUCCUCGCCUGUGAAAUGGGUAUAACCCAGCGCCUCGGUUGUGAGAAGGGAAGCCCUGAACACCGUGUCUGACGCGGUUGCUCUGCUGUGCUCCAUCUCCUUCUCCUAAAGAUGCAUCCUGACUUAUCUCCACACUUGCAUACUGAAGAAUGCAACGUCUUGAUUAACUUGCUUAAGGAAUGUCACAAAAAUCACAGCAUUCUGAAAUUUUUUGGUCAUUGCAAUGAUCUUGAUCGGGAGAUGAGAAAAUGCUUGAAGAAUGAGUACAUGGAAAAGAGGAACAAGAGCAGGGAGCGUGGCAAUGCAAUGCGAAAGAGACUUUUUAAUCCUCCAGAGGAAUCUGAAAAAUAGAUCAUACUUUCAUUGGAUGCCUUGGCUGAGAGAAGACCCAAAGACUCUUGGGUGGUAGUUGAAGGAAUCCCGUUGCAUUUGGUCUUCAGAAUCCUUUGAAUGGAAAGUGACCCAUGAGAAAUCGAGCCUUGGAGAAGUAUGGAAGCCCUGGAUCUGGAAUUUUGGUUGGGCAGAGCUGUUAGUACUCUCUCUCCUCUUCCACCGCACCUGAGACUUCUAACGUGUUUGUUCCCUUUGCCUACAGCCCGUUGACAUUUGAGUAACUUAUCUCCCUCAAUAAAAUCAUUGAUUCUAAUCAUA